AUGCCCGUCGACCUUUCCGAGCAAGACCGGCACGUGCCGGGGCACGCGGCACCUGUUCUGGCUGCACAGUUGGACGACAGCUGCAAUGCGAGUGCCGAUGAGGAGAGUAAAUCAUGCGGACAUUCCACGGACGAAUUGAGUGAUUCUCGCCUAUGUCGUAGAAAUGCAGGGACUUCAACCCAGGAGGUGUCUGGCAGCUUUUUCCUACAUGUCUACUGCCAGCCAGCCUACACGGAGGAGACGGAGACGCCGCUUCCUCUUCAGGAUGAUUCUGCAGGCAUAGCGAGUCCUCCUCGGAGAGGCUCGCUAGAGACUGCCGAGACUUCGGCAGUGGAUGGGGAGGCGAGCAGUGUGUGCGCCGCCUCUGUUGCCAACAGCGCGGGAGUGUCGGUAUCUGGCAGUGCUGGGGGAGACAUUCGGAGCAAUACAGCCGAACCAACGACGGAUAGAGCUUUGAUCAGUCAGUAUGCAGGCUAUCAGGGGGCUGAUAUCACAGUUCAGACAACGCCCCAGGACGAGCCUCUGCAUAACUUUUCGUCCACAAGCCCGGACAGCAGUUUCCGAAUUGGUGGGAGCUGUGACAUCCCCCGUUCAAGGAGAAGCGGCAGCCCUGGCCGCGGGUAUGUCGAUAGAAAUGAGCGUGUAUCUGAAGCUUGCAGUGAAGUUUCGAAGGAGGUGGACCUCGCAGGUCCGCGUCCAGCAGAUGCUACGGCCGAUGAAGGGGAAGAUGAAGAAAUCCGUGACACCAAAGAGGCGCUUCCGCUGAGGACUCCUCCUGGUGGGCCUGUGCAGGGCAAAUCGGUGGCAGAUUACGGCCGGGAUCUGGUCCGCGAGCUGAUCGAUGAAUUCGGAAAACGGCGAACGAAUUUUGCUGUAUUGGUUCCGAAGGUUUUGGCAUUGAUUCGCGUGUUUUUGCACCAGUCGGAUACGGGAUGCUGGGGCAGACCGUUCGCGGCACCGCUGCCAACGUGUGCUGCGUUCAAUGACACAGACCAAGCGAAGGCGGUGCGCUUGCUGGAGGAUUUUUUUCCCUCUUUCCGUUCUCAGGGUGGCCUCUUGCUGUGUACCCAGGGACGCCGCCUCGAGUCGGGUGGAGGAGGCAAGUACUACUUCCAGGAUCACAAGGGCAGAGUGAUAGGAUGCCACAAGCAUGAUUUGGCCCAGUACACAGCUCAGGGUUGUGUCAAGUCGCCUGUCCUUUUGAAGACACUACUUUUCUGUCUAGUUCUGAAGCCGGUGGCUUUCAACGGGAGGCAUACGGCCGGAAGGGUGUGCGCUGGUGGUACUAGACAGGCGUCGUCGGAAGGCACUACCCAGCCUACCGGGUGCUCACCUUCCGAAACCGCGUCGGGGUGUGAGGCUGCGAAAACAGUACGUGGAGCAUCUGGUGACCCCGGCUCACAGGCAUGUGCUGCGAAACAACCGCUCGCGAACUUUGCGAAACUCGACUGCCAUCUUACUCCGUUGGCAGAGAGCCGGGAAAGACACAUCUCGACGUGUUCAGAAGAAUCUCUUGCUAAGACCGAAGAAGAGGAAGCGCGCCUGUGGGAAGCUGUUGCAGAUGUGAGGGAGCUUGUGAGACAGACAGACAUGCUUAUAUCGUGUCCUUCCCCGGCAGCAACAGGUCCUGCGUCCCCCGGCUGCAGGGGAGUGGGAGUGUCUACGCCGAAAGAGGCACCAGCGUCGGAUGUGAAGAAAUUUUUGAACAAUGGGGACCCUGUUUUAUUUUUAGACGGUCGACGUUCUGGAGAUUCCGGCGACUAUCACCCAUCGCGUGCUCCGCAUACCAGAACUGUCCGGAGUAGCAACCCGCAGCGCCUUGUAAGGGUUUAUCGUUCCCUGGUUCAGGAAGAAAGGUCUCACACGGUUGAGCAUCUGCUGCGUGUCUGGUCUAUGAGUCUCCACGUACACAGCCCUCCGGAAGCAAGCAACAUCAAGAACGCGCGAACACAGACGGGACAGGUGAAUGCUGGCUGUGAGGUGCACUGUGAACAGCAGCUCAGGCAGGUAACAGCAGAUGAGCUUUUAGCAGUUCAUUCGGAUGUUGCGGGGGUCGCAGUAAAUGACAACUUUCCACGAAAAAAGAGGCGCAGCAGCCGCCAACAUGCAGAUUCCAAGAGGCUCGGACCGUGUGGCAAACUGAUCGACGAGACUGUUUCUCGGACUGGAGGACUGGCAGAAUCGGAAGAAAUCACAGAGGGAAUGCGAGAAGGUGUGCCGCCGGAGAAGGGAGGUCGAGCUGCCUCGUGGCGUCCGUGUGUGUCUUUACUCUGGGUCAAGCCCCUACCUCUCGAACAGUCGAUGCUGAAGUGGAGUCGUCGUUCGGUAGUAGCCGAGACGGGUUCGAUAGACCAUGGGUUUGAGAACAUUCGCACUGAUGACAUGUGCCCGUCCGUGGUGGCGCCGGCCGGUCGCGCCUCCUACGAUGAGGCUGCGGCUAAAUUUAGCAAGGCAGAAAUGGUGGACGGACCGCUUCCACAUCGUACUGCCUCGUGCGCUUCCACGCGUUCACCGUCGGAUCCGUCGUCCGCAGACUACACACCAUCACUACUGUCUCCCGUUUCGUGUGUUCGAGGCGUAUCGCCUGGACGAAGCCGAGAAGAAGACUCUUUUCAGCACUCCGAAGACAUCAGGAACAUCGACGCUUUUCUGAGUGACGGGCCUGUUUCAUCGUGGUUGGCAAGGACGAUUGGCGCAGUGCCAUUGCUUGGGACCUCCUCACGUAGGGAUGACGAGGGUUUACCUAGCAAAAUGGAUCUCGUGCACGAGUUCAGGACCAGCGCGCCUUCACGUCAUUCCGGAACAUCUGAAGGGGCCAUGCGCUUGUGGAAAGAGCGGGGCCGUUUUGGGGGCAGCACGGCCUUACCACCAGCGGACGCGGGUCUGCAGGCCAUGCUCGAUGCAAAGUGUGGUCGGACAACUGGGGCAGAGCAAGGUUUUGGCAUCGUAGGGAGUAACGGAGGCAGUGCAAGUGGGUCGAUGCGGCAUGAGCCCCACCUCUCACAGAGAACGAGGACGCCUGCAGCGUUCGAAAGGAGUUCAUGGCUGGCGAGUGAGAGCGGGCGACGGUCCAGGGGUGGGGGGACGCAGCUCGAAAACAGGUCGCAUGGCAAUGGAGAGCUCGUGGAUCAGCUGGAGAAGAUCCGCAUGUGUCAACUGCAGGGGAUGUACAGCAACCUGAAAUCGCGAUUCGCACACGUGGGAGACGUCGAUAUCGUGAAGACUGUUCGGACCUUGAUAGAGGCAGCGUUGGGGGAAAACAUGAACUGGGAAGCAGCAAUAAACGCCACCCCACACGUUAACUCUUCUGAUAGGCAUUCUGGUUCGACGUGUGAGACGAACGCGGCGAUAAGUAGUUACGCACCCCCAAAGGGCCAUGCCCCUUGUGAGAGCCACCGGGCGUCGCGUUUGCGUAUCAACCAAGGAGAAAGAAUUCGAGGGGGACUUCUAGGGAUUCGUCCGCGUGAAUCUGUCGUCGGGGAACUUGUUGUUGGUGAAAGGCAUUCAGCGUUUCCGGUGCAAGGACAUGGGCAGCGCAAACGAAGUAGCGAUGGUGUCCUUGGACAGCGCAAGCGUAACAUGGGCGAUCCGCUGGACGAAGUAAUGAAAUGCGGCCGGAUGGACUGCGGGAGUGAGGUUUGGAAGAGGAGGAAAAGCAGGUCAUCACGCGACCCAGGGUCGUCGGCAGAGUUUUCUGAGAGUGAUGUCCAGUCCGGGAUGUGUAAUCAGAAACGGUCGACAUUAGCGCGUCGUCUGAACGAAGACUUCGAGCUCGCUGCAGAUCGCGUUCCUCGCCAGCAUUUAGAAACUCUGUUUCUUCGUAUGAUCCAAGCCACCGAGCGUCUGAAAGUGGCGGGUUGCGAAAUGAACAGGUCGCGGGAAAGCUGA